GCUGUGCCCCGCCAGCAGCGCAUCUGAUCCGCGCUCCCUCGCCUAACCGCCUCAGUCCGGCCGAGCCGCUCACCACAGGCUGUCCGCCCGCCGAAUGAAGUUGCAUGACACCUCAGCAGCAGCAGCAAGCAAGAUCACCCGGAUUCGUGUCGCACCUCCAUCUUCGCAGUUCGGGGUUUUUAUGUUUUGUUUUACCCGUUGGCGUCGCGGGAGUCUGUGUCUCCGUUCAAUCAGCCGAACAGACUGAGCUCCGUGUGGAGGAGAUGUACUGAGCAGACCCCGGCCGGCUGUGAGUGGUGGUACCCGGACAGCGCUACCUGCCGCGGCUGCGCUGCGGGGAGUUCUCGGCGAGCGGGAUUCUGCAGGAGGGGAACUCUGUGUGAGGAAGAUGUGGACGAUGUUCCGGAUAGAGACCGUCCUCUGCACUUUUUCUGUGCUUUACGUCGCGGCGAAGGCAGAUUUCAAAGCGGGGAACUGCAGCGAGGUGAGGGAGGCGUGCGUCGCGAAGGGCUUCAGCUUCGCACAUGUUCCUCUGACGGAGAUAUCAGGCGAGCAUCUCCGGGUGUGUUCUCGUGGGAACACGUGUUGCACGCAGGAGAUGGAAGACUCCUUCGGACCGCGGAGCAAGCAGGACUUCGAGACUCUGGUCGACGAGACGAGCCAUGAAUUACGGAGCACCUUCGUCUCCAGACAUGCAAAGUUUGACGACGGAGGCACCGCGGACGAGGAGGAGGAAAUGAGUUCUCAAGCAGAGUCAAUCAAAGAGCUGAUGAAGGAGGGGGUGCUGAAUCCAACCCCCUACCAGGCCCAGUUUGAUAGCAGAGUCUGA